ACAUAUUACUUCCUUCCACACAGACCGACACGAACAAACCGAGAAAGGAGACGUUGCUAACUUUCAAAUGCCGUCACCCGCGCUUGCGUAUCGCUAGUUAAGUUUUUGUUUAAUUUUCCGACGUAAAAUCCGCGGUAUGUGGCGGCUCGAGUGCGAGAACUGAACACGCGCUGAUAAACGUAGAGCGUUACGUGUAGGCCUUCGAAGAAAGUUUGGUCGAGGGGCCUGUAAACAACAUGUCCUCCGCCUCGCAGUCUUCCUCCAGACGGCAAUGGUGCUACCUCUGCGAUCUGCCCAAGAUGCCGUGGGCCAUGCUGUGGGAGUUCAGCGAAGCUGUGUGCCGCGGGUGCGUCAACUACGACGGCGCAGACAGAAUAGAGCUCCUCAUUGAAACUGCCAGGCAACUGAAAAGCACGCAUGGAGUCUUAGACGGCAGGUCCCCCGGUCCACAGCAGAGCAAACCCAGCUCUGCCGGGCCCAUUGAAGCAGCAGGGCGGCAGCAUGGAGAGCGAGUAGACAGGGGGAGGGGGGAGUACGGGGUGUCCUCUCGCCUCCCGAACGGCCUGCACAGAGCUGAGGAUGCGGCUCUGUCUGAGGGCAGUCGGCAGAGCCCUAAUACACGUCGAGCUAUAGUAGGUGCAGUCCCCAGUCUUCAUGGCGCUAUACCCCAUGCACUGAUAGCUCAGGGGUUAGUUGCAGCCCCCCAUGGGCUUUUGGCCCCAUUAUCCAGCUCCAGGGCUGGGGCCACAUCUAUUGCUGUCUCAGCUGGCCCAAUAAUGGGUGAUGGUGGAAGAAGACAGGCUGUGCCACUGGGUGUGGGAGCUAGUACGUCUGCUCUGGUGGGUAUAGAUCCUGCAAUGUGGAGGAACAAUGAAGUGAUGAGUGAACUAAAUGAGAUUUCUCGCAGUAGGGUCGAAGGCUGGCCAAACCGCCCUAAAGCUGUGCGGGAUGUACUUGUCUCUCUCAGCAGCUGUGUCCCAUUUAAUGUGCGUUUCAGGAAAGACCACAAUCUGAUGGGUCGUGUUCUGGCCUUUGAUGCCAGUGCCACCCCAGAGUUUGAGCUCAAGGUGUUUGUGGAGUAUCCUGCCGGGUCUGGGAUGAUCUUCUCAGGAGUCCCAGACCUGGUCAGGCAAAUGUUUCGUGACUCGGCCAAAGAUGCAGGUAAAGCAGUGAACUCUGGUCUCCGAUAUGUGGAAUAUGAGAAGCGCCAUGGCACAGGAGACUGGCGUGGGCUGUCUGAGCUGUUGAAUGAGGGUGUGCGUAUGUUUAAAGAGCCCCCAAUUCCAGAGGUGCUGCCACAGCCUGAUGCAAUGUUACCCAUGGCAGCUGCUGGACGCCCUGUACAAAUGAAGAGCACAACUCGUCGCCGCAAGGCUUCUCCAGGCUCGGAGAAUGGAGAUAGUGAAGGGAGACCUGAUCAACCAGCAAGAGAGCCCUGGCCCCGAGGUGUUUACUCAGGCAUGGAACCGCUUUCUGCCAUGGUUGUCCCUCAAGAAGGCCCACCUCGAUUACACAGCCAGCCCUCACCAAUCUCAGCACUCAUGGGAGUUGCAGACAGUCUGAGCACUAGUCAGAUGGCCAGAGAUAGCCCCAGCAUGUCCACAGCCCACUCCUCCUCAGCUGGGCGUCCCACCAGCAGCAGCCCCUCCACCGCUGCCACCUCAGUCUCCCAGGCAUCUAUGGUGCAGGGUUUAAAUGCAGUUGGGCCUGGCAGCAACACCACUGCUGGGGAGUCUUCAAGCAGCGCUCAGGGCACCCUGCUCUGCUGCAGCCUCUGCAGAGAGCGCUUGGAGGACACUCAUUUUGUCCAGUGUCCCUCUGUCAUGCACCACAAGUUCUGCUUCCCCUGUACGAGGGGAUUCAUCCGCAGCCAAGGUCAAGGAGGGGAGGUGUACUGUCCUAGUGGAGAGCGUUGCCCCCUGGCUGGAUCCACCGUGCCUUGGGCCUUCAUGCAGGGAGAAAUCUCAACCAUCCUGGCUGGAGACGGAGACGUGACAGUAAAGAAGGAGAGUGACCCUUGACGUCGCCAUCCUGAUGUGGUGAAUGUGGAUCAAACACUUUGAAAGCACUUCCCUGAUAUCUCAAGCAGAGGUCCUCUUUGGCUGCAGUUCAUCAUUUGUGCCUCUGAAAACAGAAACACUCUGAGCUUCAGAAGGACAAACACUCACACACACACACUCACUCGUGAGAGGAGGGACAUGUCUCCGCUCACCUGUGAAGGAUGAGCUGCUACAUCACAACCGUACGUCGAGUCCUGACCACAUUUCUCCUCUCGUCUGUCCAGCACCGCAGCGGAAGCCGCUCAUCAGGCCUCGUUUUCAAUGCCCGGGGAUUGAAAGCACACGCUUGUUUUUAAGAAUGACAAUCUCUCUUGUUCUUUCAUUUGUGUUGUUAUAUAUGUUGCAUACUGUCCUAUACAGGUGGAUGACAGAUAUAACUGAUAUAUGGUUUCACAGAAUCAUGCAAUUCAACGGAAAAACAAAUGAAUGUCCAAAAUGUGGCAAAAACCAUUGGGUCCUUAAAGCCAAGGAUUAAAAAAAAUGUAAUCCCAUACUAUGUCUCUUAGGUAUUCUCUCUAUAUUGUUUGUCAAAAAUGUGAAUUUACUUUCAAUAUGGCUAUGUAAUUUCUAUUUUUGAUACAAUACAAAUUUAUAUGUAUUUGUUUAUAGUGAUGAGAAGACCAAAGAUGGCUUCAUGCGCAAUGUAAUUUUAUUGUAUUGUAGCUGUGUAUGCUGUAUUCACUGAUAACCUUGGCAUCAGUCACUAAUUUGUUCAUCUAUCUCAGACGUAAGCUUGUCUUGUCUAUUUACUUUUAUUGAAUUGUAUGUAUGGUAUAAUAAUUAGCACCACAAUCUUCAAUGGUUAACCCCACAUAUUCGUGAUCUUCACAGGUCAAUUCUACAAUAAACUACAAAACAGUU